AUGGCUGAUCAAGAUGCUGCUGGUUUAAGCGCUGCUGAAUUAAAAAAGAAGCACUUAAACACCGAACAAUUAAUGCCAUUAAUACACUGCCGUGCUCGUCGUCGUCUAUCACGUGGUCUUAAACGUAAACCAAUGGCUUUGAUCAAACGUUUACGUAAAGCCAAAAAAGAAGCACCUGAAUUAGAAAAACCAAAAGCCAUCAAAACACAUUUACGUAACAUGAUCAUCGUCCCCGAAAUGGUUGGUUGUGUUGUUGGUGUUCAUCAAGGCAAAACGUUUAACUCAGUUGAAAUCAAACCUGAAAUGAUUGGUCAUUAUCUCGGCGAGUUUUCAAUUACAUACAAACCAGUUAAACACGGUCGACCUGGUAUUGGUGCAACACACUCAUCCCGUUUCAUUCCACUCAAAUAG